CAGUGCCAAUAUAUUGGAGGAAGCAACCUCAAUGUUAGAGCAAAAGGACAGGGACCUGGCCAACGUCAUUCGAGGCAUUUACAGUCAGACAGCAGAGGAACCUCAGGAACCCCUGCAGAAGGCACUGCAGCACAUGGUCCAACCAGCCAUCAGUACGGUCUUUGCAGGCUACCUGACCAUGGGUACAUUGCUUUAUGUCUGGGACCAGGUAAUCAUUGGACUUGAUCAGCCAGCAUAUAACUGCCUCCCUGCAUUCAGCACAGCCUUCAUCUUAUUGCUCUGGAACUAUCUGAAGACAUGUCAGUCAUUUUGCCUCCCUGGAGCUACUUGUACAGAGUACCAGUAUCUCCAAGAACCAGACCUCAGGACAGAAGACAGGCAAGGCAACAAGAGGGCAGACUACUACAGCUUCUGGAAGAGACUAAAGGAACCUAUGAAGCACAAAGGAUCUAUCUGGAAGAACAACUAUCACAGGCACUAUUUGGAGAAACGGAGAGGAAGAGGAACUGCAUGGCUGAUACAGGAUGAGAAACAAUUGCGCUAUGAAAUACAGAGGAAGGCAGAGGCACAGAUCAAUGGGCUGCACGCUGAAAUCAAAAGACUCAUGGAGAAGAGGCUUUCUAUUGAUGCAUACUCAGAGGGAAGCCUCACAGCACCUGCACCUUCGCUGCAGUCCCUGACUCCAUCUCAGACGUUGCAUCCUCAACCUUCUCCAGUACAAACACCACCUCCUACAGUUACAGAUGGCACAAAUAGGACCAGGGAAAUUCAUGGCAAAACAGCAAAAACCAUAACACUGGAUCUACUUGAACAACUAAUGCAGGCUGCAAACACAAUUGCUAAUGGGAGCAAUGCAGCUGAGCAUGACUCUUUGAAUGCAGCUACCAAAGAACAUCUUUGGAACUACAACCAGGACUGCAAAAAUGCAGAGAUUUAAGUAUUUGGGCAUCAGAUAAACACAGAAGACAGAGAAAAAAUUCCAGAACCCAAAAGACAACUAAGGGAAAAAUUAACCACAGCUAUCAGCAGAAAUGCAGAGGCCCAUUACAAAGUGCAGUUUGAAGCAGUGAGGAUGUUAUCAGAGCCUGAUUAUAUGGUAUGAUGCUCUGUACCUCGGGAGAACACCCAGCACCCCCAUGUCCAUCCUUGUAAAAUGAUUGUGUGGCAUCCAAUGCAAAGUUUGUCAUGUUGGGUGUCCUCGGAAGGCUCAUGAUGCACUGAUCAUUGUUGUUACAGUAAUGUUACAGGUUAUAAUUUCAUGUAUGUAGUUAUGAGGCUGAAAACGUAUCCUCACGGCUUAAAAUAAGCCCAGGCAAAAACUCUCCAAGAGCAGAGAGGCAGUUCACACCUCAUUAGGGCAGGAAUGGGACAAACCCAGCCCAGCCUCACAGGAACAAAGGACACUGGCCUAAACAGCAAUAAAAGAAUGGUUUCAGAGGAACAAAAGUCUGUAUUCGCAAAAAGAAAAGGAGUACUUGUGGCACCUUAGAGACUAACCAAUUUAUUUGAGCAUGAGCUUUCGUGAGCUACAGCUCACUUCAUCAGAUGUUUACCGUGGAAACUGCAGCAGAAGGGUGAGAAAACCUGGAUUUGUGCUGGAAAUGGCCCACCUGUUGAUCAUUUUAGAUAAGCUAUUACCAGCAGGACAGUGGGGUGGGAGGAGGUAUUGUUUCAUAUUCUCUGUGUGUAUAUAAAGUCUGCUGCAGUUUCCACGGUAAACAUCUGAUGAAGUGAGCUGUAGCUCACAAAAGCUCAUGCUCAAAUAAAUUGGUUAGUCUCUAAGGUGCCACAAGUACUCCUUUUCUUUUUGCAAUAAAAGAAUGUUAGACUCUCAAGGGAGUCACCCCCCUUCCUUUGGUCAGUUUGGAACUGCAGUGAGGUAAUGCUCACGUGACACUGAAGGGGGGGGGGGAGGAGGUACACACAUGCACAAAGCCAAGGGAGAGAUUUGCUAUGCUCUUCCACCUACAUCCAGACACCACCACACCAAGGGUAUGUCUAUACUGGAAACUUCAAAUAGCUAACGCAGGAAUGCUCCUGCAGCAGCACUUUGAAGUGCUAACAUGGUCACGCUCGAGUGCUGGGAGAGCACUCCUGGUAAUCCACCUCCACAAGGGGAUUUGCUCUGAGCACUGCUCAGAGCCUGUCUACACGAGUGCUUUAAAGCACUGACUUGCUGUGCUCAGGGGGGUGAUUUUUCACCCCGCAGAGCCAGCAAGUUAGAGCACUAUAAACUAUAAGUGUAGACAAGCCCUAAGCAACUGAAGCGCUGAUCAAAGGGGAGAGGCAGGCUGAAGAGCAACCAGCCAACCUGUGGUGAGAAGCAUCUAAGUUUGUACAGGCAUUGAAAGUGUUAACAGCUUAGAAUACAUUUUGCUUUUAUUUCAUUUGACCAAAUCUGAUUUAUGUUUUGAUUUAUAAUCACUUAAAAUCUUUUUAUAGUUAACAAUCUGUAUUUAUUCCACCUAAAGCAAUGCAUUUGGUUUGAAGUGUCAAGAGAUUCCCUUUGGGAUUACAAGCCUGGUACAUUAUCAAUUUGUUAAACUGACAAACUCAUAAACUUGCAGCAUCCAGCAGGCACAACUGAACAUUGCAAGAUGGAGGUUCCUAGGGUUGUCUGGGACCAAGAUAUUGGCUAGUCAUUCGGUUAUAAGUAGCUGGGAGGAACUUACAUACCAUAGGCUGUGUGUGUGAACAGCCCAGGAGUGGGGGUUCUCACAGCAGAGCAGGGUAAGGCUGGCUCCCAGAGUCAAGGGUUAGAGUGACGUAGCAGAUCACCAGCCCAGGUAUCAGAGGGGAAUAUCACAAUUUGGCUACUAAUCUUGUGCUCAGUUUAACCUACCAUUAUUACUGGGCUCUGAGAAUAAUAAAUCUGUAUUAUAGAUGGGGCUGCUAGCAUGUUAAGGUUGUUCCUGCCCACUUCCCAUUACAGACCCAGUUUUCAGUUGCUUGUAACUUUGUGCACAUGUACGUAUCUCCAAAAAUUCACAACAUCCCAGAAAAGCCUGGAGACCUGUUUUAGCAGGAAUCUUUUGCAACAGACCUAUUAUAGUUAGGAACAAUCAGUUUUGCUACAAACUCAGUACAAGAACUGUAUCAUACUACUAGCUGGCUGCCAAAGCACUUUACAAAUUAAAUGCUACAAUUUUACUUCUGGGAAAAGAGACAGCAUAAAGUGACUCACUUUGAAUGCAGCAAAGUCACUGAGAGCGUAAAAUAAGCCAAUCACCACAAAUUACCAGACCAAAUCAUUUUCAGUUAUGUUUACUUAUGUAGAGGGGAAUCAAAUAAUUUUCUCUACCAUCAUGUCAAUGUUUUGCUGAUAGAAACUAUUUACAAAGGGAGUCACUUUUACCCUUUGGUGUAGAAGUUAUUUUAAGGAGUCUGUAAGCAGGAGUUAAAAUGUAUUUUGUUAAUGGGAUAACACACCAUUUGAUGCUGACAUUGAUAAUGUAACUUCCCAUAGAAAUGUUUAAGGUUGAAACUCCCUCAACCUAGAAUUAGUUGUUACAGGAAAUAUCCCACCUAUUUAUGAAGAACCCACAAACUGAAACAGUGAAGUUUCCUCAACAAGAGCACCAGUGGAUAUGGUUACACUAUAUUCUAUAAGCUUUUCAUUAUGAGUUUAGUUCUGUGUAUUUAUGCACCAUAAAUUACACAAUAUUGAGUUGCUAUACAGUAUAUUUUCAACACCCACAUUUGCUGGAGCUAACACUGGUUCUGCUAUACUUGAGAAAAAACAAAGUGCUUUACAUGAAAGCAUGACGUAGUAGUAGGCAAGUUAUCGGGCAUAGAAACACUCCAGAUAUCACACAACACCUUUACUUAAAACUAAAGCCCACUAUUUAACUAAUACCAGAUUAGUUAAUAAGAAUAAGUGUAGCACUAGUAAAUGACUGUUAGCUCUUACAAAGCUAGAAAGACUUUCAGUCUCUGCUCAAAAUCAGGGCCAAAAUUUAAUGUAUGUGUUUAAUACCCCAUGUGUGAAUGAGUGAUUCAUUGAUUUUUUUUAUUAGUAAACUGUAAAAAUCCA